AUGGAACCCUUACAAGAUCCAUUAGAGCUAGAUCAAUACAAAGUGAAGUUAGGAUUUGAUAAGGCGUUGGUUAACCGUUCUGGUAAAAUUUGGAUUUUCUGGAGAGACGACUGGGAGGGCACAAUAGUAAUGGAUUCUCUACAACAGAUAACAAUGAGAUUUUGUAGAAAUGACAGUUAUUACAUUAUUUUUUCAGUUUAUGCUCGGUGUAGUGCUAUUGUCAGAUUGGAAUUAUGGGCGGAACUAGAAGGCAGUGCUGAAAAUUCUCAAGUCUCUUGGAUUGUGGGAGGAGAUUUUAAUGUCAGUUUAUGUGCGGAGGAAAAAUUGGGUGGACUAGCUUUCAUUCAACAUGAGGCAAUUGAUUUUUCACAAUGCAUUAAUAAUUGUGCCUCAGCCGAAUUGGAUGUUAUUGGCAGUAAGUACAGUUGGUGGAAUGGUCGGAUUGAAGAAGAAGGUAUCUUAAAAAGGUUAGAUAGAGUACUGAAGAACAACGUAUUUCAGGAGGCUUUUCCAUCGACUGUAGUCCACCAUCUUAUCCGACAAGGCUCAGACAUGCUCUGUUACAUAUAA